AUGUUCCGAGUUGCUCUUUGCACUGUUUUGGUUUUGGGAGUUUUGGCUGGACCACAAGGUGGACGUGGCGGACAACAAGGUGGACAAGGAGGUCAAGGCCCACAAGGAGGUCAAGGCCCACAAGGUGGACAAGGCCCAAGAGGACCACCACCACCACCAUUCCUUCAAAAUGUGACCGAUGAAGCUCGUCAAGCCUACUUUGAAAUUGUUAGCAAUGACAAUUUGACUAUUGCUGAAAUUGACACACAGUCUGCAGCUUGGGCUUCAACCUAUGGAGUUUCUGUAAGUUAUUUUGUUGUUGAAAAUUUGGAUUUUGGAAUCUAGUGUUAACUUUUCAAAAACACUCUUGAAAUUCGGAAAAAAACGGGGGAUUUUUUGGGUUAGAAAUUUCUUGACUCUAACAUUUUCCAACAAUUUCACUAAACCGUUUUUUCCAGGACAUCUACACCGAAUUCCAAGCCAACCAAACCGCUCUUCUCGCUGAAAUCAAGGAAAACGUGACUGAAGUCAUUUCAAAUCUCUCAAGUGUUCAAUCACAACUCGAAGCCAUUCUUGACAACAAAGAUCAAACUCGUGAAGAACAAAGAAAUGCCACCGAAACAUUGAGAGAGCAAUAUCCAAUUGAAGUUUCAGUGAUCUUCUCGAUCGCCAGACCACAACCACCACAAGGUGGGCCACAAGGUGGACAAGGACCACAAGGAGGUCAGGGACCACAAGGACAACAAGGAGGUCAGGGACCACAAGGACAACAAGGCGGACAAGGACAAGGCCCACAGGGACAACAAGGUGGUCAGGGACCACAGGGACAACAAGGAGGCCAACAAGGACAACAAGGUGGACGUGGAGGUAGACAAUAA